AUGGAAAUUCAACAAUUAACUCAAAAAAUUGAAGAAAUGAACGAACACAUGAAUCGAUUGAUGGAACAACAAGAAGAAUCCUCUUCCAAACAACAUCAUUUACUUCAACAAUUAACUAUUCGAAAUUCACUGCAGCCAAAUCGUCGUGGCGAUGAGAACAACAACAAGGAAAAUCCUUCGACAACUGCUAUCAAUUCAUUGUCAUCUUCACAUUCUGCCACACUACUGAUGGACCUUAUGAAGAAUUCUACACUCAUUCAACAAAUCGUAUUGGAUCCUCUCAAAUUGAAAUGCAUGAACGAUAUGAAAUUUCACAAAAAACGAUCCAUUGAUAGCUCGUCUUUCAUUGAUUACAUAAGUGUUGGAGUGAUGAGUUCGAUUCAACCUCGAUAUAUGAAUUUAACACUAUCCAUGUUAAGAAUGGGAUGGCUUUUAAAUUUUGAACAUAAAAGAGUCUUUGUUUUGGACCCAAUUCCAAAACGAAAAGAAUUGGAAACGAAUUCAGCUUAUGAAAGUGUCUUUUGGAAGAAGAAACAAUUUUUCAUCGAUGGCUAUGAAAUGACAAGCGAAGAAAUUGAUCAACAUUUGAAGAAGAAGAAAAAUAACGAAGAAACUUUAUAUCUUGAUCAACAUUCAUUGGAUUUAGUUCAGAAUUAUUUUGUGAACAUUUUUGAGCAUGUCGAUCCCAAUUUCAUUUCCAUGAAAGCCGAUUCAUCGUUCGAUGGUUGGUCUGACGAGUGGAAACGAAGUCAAUCUGCAUUUAUCUACGCAUUGAAAUAUGUUGUGGAGCGAUUUUCUUCGCCAUGGUAUUUUGUGGUGGAUACGGAUUCGUAUGUGGAUUCGCAUUGUCUUGGAAAUUUCUUUCAAUAUUAUGGUCAAUGGACGUAUUUUUGCCCUCUUGCUUUAGGUGACAGCAAACAGGGAUUUAUGGGAGGACCUGGAUUGAUGUUUAAUCAUCGAGUGAAGGAUAUACUUCAAAAACAUAUUAAGGAAUGUGUGGAAAACACAAAAAAAGGAGGAAGUUGGGAUAUAGGAUUGAAUGGAGAUCAUCGAAUUGAGAGGUGUCUCAAACAUGGAGGAAUAACCAUUCAACACGCCAAAGAAUUUAUUCAGGCUCACUGGACUCGAGAUGAGUAUGAAUAUAAGAGCAUGAAAUGUGUCAUGAGUUUGCACUAUGUCAAAACUGUGGAGGAUCAACGAGAAAAAUUUGAAAAAGAACUUGCCAAGUACUGUGAAGGUCAUUUGUAUUCGUAUUUGUGA